CUGCGGUCUCGCGAACAAGCGGGCGAGGAAGCCCGGUCGGGCGAGCUCAUCGGCGCAUCACAUUUUGGCAAUGAAGGAUCCAGUGGGAAACAAAAACAAGAGGCAUUGACUCGCCUCGUUAUGGGAGGCAUCCCCAUGCAGUUCCGUCAUCCGAUAUGGAUGGAACUCUCCAAUACGCAGGCCAUCAUGCAGCCCGAUGCCUACAAAUACUAUCAACAGAUCAUCUCAGAAACCGCACAUCGUCAUUCGGAAUCCUCCGAAGACAUUGACGCCAUUCUCAAAGACAUUCCACGCACCCUGACGAGCAAAUACGACUACUACGCAGAAAAGGGCUACGAUCGACUGCGUCGUCUUCUCGUCGCUUUCGUCUCGAAAUACCCCGGCCUCGGCUAUACGCAAGGCCUGAACAUGAUCGCGGGAUACCUCCUCCUCGCCAUUCCCGACGAAAGCGACGCCUUCUGGGUGCUCUGCAACAUGGUCGACACCUUCUUUCCCCCCAACUACUUCAGCAAAGAAACCGCCAUGUCAGCUCCCAUUGCAGAUAAUGUCGUAUUACGAUCUUACGUCAAAGAGCAACUCCCCAAACUGUCCGCCAAAUUCGACGCCUUGGACAUUGCACCCGAGCACACCGUCCCCCUCUCCUGGUUCCUCACCGCCUUCACCGCCAUCCUCCCCGAAUCCGUCCUCCUCCGCAUCUGGGACGUCUGGCUCUGUCUCCCGGGCCAAAAGACCUUCCUCUUCAACAUCGCUCUCACUUUACUCGCAGCACAUCAAAAAGGACUCAUGGAUUGUGCCGAUCAGAGUGAAAUUUGGGCCUACAUGUCGAAUCGCAUCAAAAUCUCGGAAGAACCCGACAAGGUGACGGAAUUGAUUCGAUCGGCGUUUUUGUUGAGGAAAAAGUUGGAGCAUGUCGAAGGGAGGCGUGCUGCCGAGUUGAAGAAGACUUUGAAGAGG